AUGGAUCCAGGAGAACAGGCUGAUGAAUUGAAAAGUUUAAACAUAGUGGAAACAAGACUGAUUUCACAAGUUUCAGCUUUCUUAUCAGUAUUUACUCUACCUGGUGGACAGUAUGGAACUAAAGGUCAAAUAAUCCAUUUACCUGAAAAUAUUCAAACAUUGCACAGUUCUUUACCAUUAGCAGUUUCUGAUUCAAACAUUGUGACUAUUCAUAUUCCUUACCAAACAGGAGAGGAAAAUCUACUUAAGUCAUUUCCAGUAAAUCUAAUGAAUGUUUAUAAUGCAUUACAUUGGCUGAAGAAUAAUAACAAGUUGUAUGAAAAUGUUCAGGUAGAUUACUCACAUUUACAUACUUUUCAACCUGAUGAUCAACAGAGUUCCAGCACUAACUGUCAUAAUCCCACGCGAACUCAAGCAGAUGAUACCAUUGAUGGUGAAAUUUCAUCGGAAAACAAUUUAAAUGUUGUUUGUGAAGAAUCCUGUCUGAUGCCAAGUGAUAUUUACCCUACUGAAAGUUCAAGGAGGGAAAUUUUGGAAUCCUUAAAUACACAGGUGAGAACAUUACCAAGGGCUACUGGAGUACCACUUAACAUUUAUAAAGAAUCUCAUGGUGAAGAGCUUGCUUUUGUGAAGUUGUAUCCAUAUGGAAAAAAUGGACUAAAUGAACCUGAACGAAAUGGUAAAAUACAACUACAAUUGUACCUUCAGACAAGAAUAUUGAAUGUGGAUCCACGAUGGAGACAAAAUCCAACUUAUUUAUUUUGGUGCUGCAAUAUGUUCCAAAAAUCACAACUGCAAAGUUUAACAAACAUUGCAACAAGAAUUACCAAGGCAUCAACUGCAACACAGAAUUGCGAGGUACGCCUUACUAUGUCAGAUAUAAGACAUGGGAAUUUCCAAAAUGGAAAUGAAUUGGAUAAUUUUUAUUCAUAUUUGAAACCUCUACGUGGAACAGCUGCAUACUGGAAAUCCAAUUUACAAGAUUUGUUGUGUAGAUUUCACUCACUAGGACCACCAACAUUUUUUUUAACCCUUUCAGCCAAUGAUUUGCACUGGCCAGAACUUUUACAGUUUUUGUCUGUCGAUUCUGAACAACAAAGUUCAAUGUCAUACCAAGAGAAGCAAGAACUACUCCGUAAAAAUCCAGUGUUUGCUGCAUUUUUCUUCCAUUACAGGUGGAAUUCAUUGCUAAGAAAUGUUAUUCUUGUGAAAAAUGGUCCUCUUGGAAAAGUGAGAGAUUAUUGGUCCAGAAUCGAGUUUCAAAAAAGAGGCUCCCCCCAUGUUCAUGCAUUACUCUGGAUUGAAAAUGCACCAGACCUGGACACUCACGCUGGUCAAAGAUCAGCAGCAUCAUUUAUAGACAAAUAUAUAAAAACUGUAAUCCCUCUUGCAGAAGAUGAUGAAGAGCUGAGAGACUUUGUACUGAAAUACCAAAUUCACAAACACACUCAAACAUGUCAGAAAAGAAAUACUUUGUGCCGUUUUCAUUUCCCAAAACCGGUGUCAGAGGAAACUCAUUUGAAAAUGAACAUGGAUCCAGCACAUGCCACAAAUUUCUAUGAAACCAAACGAUCAGAGAAUGAUAUAUGGGUUAAUGCAUACAAUCCUGAAAUUUUGAAAAUAUUUCAAUCAAACAUGGAUAUUCAAUUAAUUGGAUCUAAAUAUGGAGCAGCGGCAUAUAUAUGUGCAUACAUUAGUAAAGCUGAACCAAUGAAUCUGAAGGAGGAAAUUGCUAAGAAUUUAAAUGCCAUGUCAUCUGCUGAGACAAUAUCCAGAAAGCUUUUCAAACUUGGAAAUGUAUUGCUAACACACAGAGAAAUGAGUGCCCAAGAAGCUACCUAUAUUGUGUGUUCUAUUCCUCUUGUACAGUCAAGUUCCUCGGUUGUGUUUGUAAAUACACUUCCCUUUGAAAAACGCACGAAGUUGUUAAAAUCCCAUCAAGAACUUGAAAACUUAGAUGACACAUCAGAAGAAAUAUUCCUGCCAAACAUUACAGACUAUUACCAAAGUAGACCAUCAAUACCUUCAUUUAAUGAUAUGUGUCUUGCACAGUUUGUGACUGAAUACAUUGUAACUGCAGAGGAACCAAGACCAAAUUCAAACCAACGCACAAGAUACAAACUUCUAAAUCUUGACAGAUGGAUUUAUAAAAGAACAAAACCAGUCUGCCUAAAAACACCGAGCUCAAAGUUUCAACAAACUUUAGAAGAUAAAAGUUUCCAAACUCUUUUUUUAUAUCUUCCAUGGAGAAAAGAAAGUGAAUUGAUUUGCCCAUAUCUUUCCGCCACAGAGGCAUUGAAACAGAAACAUGGAUUGUUACAUUCAUCAUCUCUCCAUCUCCAGCAAUUCACAGAGGAUGUAAGGAGAUUAGUGCAACAGUUGCAAUUGUUGGACAAUUUGUAUGGUGUUACAUUUAAUGCUGCAGCUCCAAACACAACAAUGCACCAUGGUGAUCUGUGUGAAGAUCCAGCUAAUCAUUUUGUUUCAUUAAAUCCAUUACUGGCCAAUCAACUAGAACAGACAAACACUCCUGUGGAACAUGAUAAUGUUCCAGCUCUUCCAUAUCUAACUAUGACUGAUGACCAAUUCAAAACAUCACUUGAAUCUUUAGGUCAAGAUCAACAAGAAGUCUUGCAACUGCUACAUGAACAUUAUUCUAACCAAAUCGCAAACUCGGGAAUUGUUACAAACCCAUUGCAUCUCUUUAUAACAGGUGGUGCUGGAACGGGGAAGUCGUACCUAAUAAAACUUAUCAGAGAGUAUCUAAAUCGUUUAAGCAACAAAAAUGUCCCAGUUGUCAUGUUGCUGGCAUAUACUGGAUUAGCUGCUGCAAAUAUAUCUGGAUCAACAAUUCACAGUGCAUUAUCCAUUCCAGUGGACAAAAAUUUGGUGACAAAUUACUCUUGUCUGUCCUCUACCAAACUACAACAGCUGCGUGAUACCUACAAACAUAUUCACACAAUCAUUAUAGAUGAAGUUAGCAUGGUGAGUUCUCACUUAUUUACAGUCAUCCACAAACGCCUAACUGAGAUUAAGGACACCGCUGACGAUCAUCAAAAAACAUUUGGUGGAUUAAGUAUUCUGUGUGUUGGUGACAUGCUGCAGCUUAAGCCAGUUUGUGGAUCAUAUAUUUUUCAACAAACAUCUAUGAUUCCAUUCGAUUUGUGGAAGACUUUGUUUAAAGUCAAAUUCUUAACACAAAACUUCAGACAAUCCGAGGAUAGUAUUUAUGCAUCAUUGUUAAACAGAGCAAGAGUUGGCAUAAUAACUGAUGAAGAUAUAAAAUUACUCAAUGGCAGGCAAAAAGUAAAUCUCCAACAUGAAGAGUGGCAGAGUGCAGUCCAUUUGUAUCCCACCAGAAAACAGUGUGAAAAAUAUAAUGAGAACCAAUUACAAAAAAUUACUGAUUCUACCAAUCAUGUUUUUAAAAUUUCCAGUAAAGAUUUAUUUCAAGUAAAUGGUAAUACAGAUAAUUUGAGUAAUAAUGUUCCAUCACAUCUUCUUCCUAAGGAUGAUAGACAGUGUGGAGGUUUACCAACAGUCCUAAAUCUUGCUGUUGGCUCGCGAGUGAUGUUAAUAAGAAACAUUAUGUCAUCAGAGUACUUGGUAAAUGGGGCAACUGGAAUAGUAACUGCAUUCAAACUUAAAAACGUUGAACUACAACAACCAGGAAGUGAAAAUCCUUCAGAAAUAAUGGUGAAGUUUGAUGAUCCAAAAGUUGGAGCUAUUUUCCAAAGUUCUAUGGAACACCACUCAAUUGCUAUUUCAACAAUUUCCUCACAUUUUACUCUUAAAACUGGACAAAUAGUUCUUCGAACACAGUUUCCACUAAUUCCCUCUUGGGCAGUUACAAUACACAAAGCUCAAGGAAUGACUCUAGAACGUGUUGUAUUGGACAUUGGGAAAAAAAUAUUCCAACAGGGGAUGGCGUAUGUUGGCUUAUCGCGUGUUAAAAAAUUGUCAGGAUUGGCCUUGGUGAACUUCUCUCCUUCCUCAAUAACAGCACCAACCGAUGCUUUAAUUGAGAUGAAUAGACUUCAAAACUCUCGAAUUUAA